AUGGUUGAAAAAGCUGUAUCGUCAUUUGCUCGUGGUUAUGUGCAUCCCCAAAUGCUAAAUGCUAAUCUAAAAUUUGGAGAGACUGGAGCAAUGCUAAAAGAUGAGUUGGCAGCAAAAAUAACAGAAUUGAAGUUUUUUGCUGCUCAGAAAUUUUGUUGUGUGUGGACUGUUUUCGGGUAA